AAAUAAUCAAACGCAGAGAUAACGACAAUUAGAACUAUUCAUGUAAUUCUGGAAUUCUUUAAAUUAUGAAAUCACCUAAAAAUAUAAUAUAAUUUCAUAAUGAUUAUUCCCGCUGCGAAAAAAAGACACGUCAUGAGAGCAAUAUAUUAGGCUACUUUCUGAAGAAAGAUUAUUAGUAAAAAUCCUUUUUGGCAGUGGACUCAAGCAUAUAAAAGUUUAUCCAAAAAUUAUGAUUUUAGACACAUAUAUUUAGUGAUCAUUUCCCACGUCAACAAGCGAGUCAAGAAUGGCACAAAAUGAUAGGGAUGAUGGUUCGAAAGAUUUACCGAAGCCUAUGAGAGGUGAUUUAGUGGCUCUUGGGAACCCAAUGAUGGACAUAACAGUUCAAGCGAACACUGAUCUCCUGAAAAAGUAUGACUUAGACGAUAACAAUGCUAUCUUGGCAGGAGAUAAACACAAGAGUCUUUUUCAGGAGAUUGAAAGUCUUCCCGGCGUGCACUUUUCCCCAGGUGGAUCUGCACUUAAUACUGUCAAGGUGGUACAGAUGAUUCUAAAACAAGAACACGUCACGUCCUUCCAGGGAUGUAUAGCUCAUGAUGAUCACGGUGUGAGACUCACUGAUCUACUCAGGGAGGUUGGCGUUGAUGUCAAGUUUCAAUAUACGGACAAAGCACCGACUGCAAAAUGUGCUGUACUGUGUAAAGGGAAAGAUAGGUCUCUAGUUACUGAUUUAGGAGCUGCGAAAUAUUUUUCAGAGGAUCAUUUAGACAACCCAGACAACUGGGCGGCGGUAGAGACAGCAAAGUUUAUUUAUCUAUCAGGCUAUGUUCUUGAAGUCUGCCCAAAAGGCAUGCUGAGGGUCGCACGACAUGCCGCUGACAACAACAAGACUCUGAUAGUGAAUAUGUCAGCCCCAGUUGUAUGUGUGGAUCAUAGGGAACUAUUGCUAGUUCUGCUGACUUGUGCAGACUUUUGGAUUGGUAAUGAGUCAGAAGCAUUGAAGUUUGCAGAGGUCAAUGAAUUAAAUACAGAAGAUGUGAAAGAAAUAGCAAAGAUAUUGUCUAAAUGGGAAAAAGUAAACAUAUCCAAGUCAAGAGUGGUUAUCAUAACACAAGCUGAAAAUCCUGUUGUGGUUGCAAAAGACGGCGUGGUCAAAGAAUACAAGACGACACCCAUAGCAGUAGAAAGUAUUGUGGACACAAAUGGAGCCGGAGAUUGUUUCGUUGGAGGUUUUUUGUCCAAGCUUGUUCAAGACCAAGAUCUAGAUUCUUGUAUCAAGAAAGGGCUUGAGGUGGCUCAUAAAAGCUUACAAAGUGUUGGAUGCACAUUUGAGAACAUAAAACUUUAAUGUGUGCGCUCAAGAAUACAAGUGCACAGAGAAAACGAAUGAAGGAUCUACGUGCAUGUGCCAUAUCCUUUGCUAUUAGAUCAAAUUUGUUUCGGAAAUUAAACAAAAUUGCACACAGGCUACUAAUUCAAAAACACACAUUGCAACAUACUUCUACUCAGCAUGGAAGUUCCUUAUAGGCUAACAAAAUUGUAAAUGAUAUUAAAGUAGACUUAAUGUUUUGUAAUUCUUGAGUUGCAGUCAACAUCUUAAUUAAAACUUUGAUAUUCCUUUUUCCCCUUCUAAUUUGAUUUCGCUAUUACAUGUUUCAUUUUCCCCAUUAGUUAAUUUUCUAAUUUUGUUUCCAUUUACCCUCCUCCAAUGUGAUAUUAUUAGUUUUUUUUCUCCCCCCCCCCAUUUUCAAAUUAUAUUUUUUUUAAUUGUAUUUCCGCCCAGGCUUUCCCCCAGCAAGUUGCAAAGGGAAAAGAUCGUCUCUCGAGACGUAAAAUGCCACUACAUUUUAAAAAUUUUAUUGUUUUUUUUUUCUUCUUUUGUAACUUUUCAUUGUUACUUUUUAAAAAAAAUACUUUCUUUAUUCACAAAGCCACUCUGAAUUUGAAGCUCCGGACAAAUUACUCAGACAGGAAAAUUGUCACGUGCGCGGAAUAUUUCUUUGAAGCAAAUUACUGAAUGAUAUUACACUGUUACUCAAACAUUUUCUUAUCUUGCUAUUUUUUUAGUAUUAAAAAAUAUCCGAAAUACUCAAUUUUAUCCUUUUAUGAUCAAUAUUCAAUAAAAAUUACAAGUGACAUUCAGUUCAGCCAAAAAGAGUUCUAAUUGUUAUAUAUAUUGAAAUGAUUGCAAAGUGCGGGACACACAUCUGACACCAAAAGAAAUGAUACUAAGAAGGCGCCGACCUAAAAAGAAAACAAAUAGACGCCUCCUCUGGAAGUUAAUAAAAAAAAACGUUUCCCCUUUCAGACGUUGCGAUCUACGGGGCAGAUGAUGUUAAGGUCAUCUGUUUCUUUGGCCAACGGUUAACGAGUAGAGUGUUAUGUGGCCAGCACAACGACCAACCGCCUUUACUUUCCCCAACAUUUUAAUUAGAAGGUAAGCCCUGAUUUAAAGUUGUUAGAUCAUACAAUUGUAGUUGGUCGGGAAGAUGUAUUUAUCUGAUAUUCUUUGUUCAACAGUAGGCCUACUUAUAUAUAGGCCUAUUUAAGUAUUAUGUAAGGUGACUGCUGCAGAAAAGGCCUAUUACUAAAGAUAUAUGAACAUAAACUUAUAUAUUAUAUCUAGACUGGAAACCGGAAACAAGUUCUUAUCAGCGAUUGAUCAAUUUACAUACAUAUAUAUAUAGAUUUUUAUAUACCGAAUUCUUUUUCAAGCUCUAAGGGAAGUCGCCCCAAUCAAUCUUUUCUGUCUAGAAAUUGCAAAAUAAUAAUUAUGAGACGAGAGUACUCUUACUUUUGAUGUUCAAUUUCUAGAUCUAGAUCUAAAAAUUAAAUUAUAUGUUUCAUAGGUUAGGGUUAAAAAAAAAAGCGCAACUUUACUUCUUAUAACUAAUUUACAAAACAACGCCUUGUUUCAACUUUAAAAAAAAAAAUUCACAUUUUUUGUGGUGUUAAAAAAUCUCAAUGUCCAGUCUAGAUAUAGUAUAUAUACGUCUAUGUAUAUGAACAUUUGUGUUCAUACACUCAUUGCAGUGCAAAUAAAUUCAGUUUGACUACAAACUAUAUUGCACAUUUUGUUCACGAAUAUUUACACUCGUUUGUGUGUGUGUGUGUGUUUUGUAAUCAUUGCAAAAAAAAAAAAUAUAAUUCCAUUUUAACACAAAAAUAUGUUGUUAAUUUUUUUUUAAUUGGUGUAAGCUAAGUAUAAAGUUUAAUGAUGUUGUGAAAAGACUACUAAUUAAUUGAUUUAGGCUUUGAUUGGUAGUUAAAAGUUGGCUGGUCGUGCGGUUUGCGCGCUGGACUGUCGUUCGGAUUUAUAGACGGUCGAGGGUUUAAACCCUGUCCGCUCCCAUCCCCCGGGGAGGUUUGGACUAGGAAGUAAACUAUCUUCAACUCUGAAAGAACAUCCGAAACAUGUCAAACAGUAAGUAAACUAUCUUCAACUCUGAAAGAACAUCCGAAACAUGUCAAACAUUUUACAAACAAACAUUUUAAAACAACACGAUGAAGGAAAAUCUGGCAAUUUUCUUCCCCUUAUUCCUAGUUGUACUCAAUUGUAUCAGUAAUAUAGCAAGUAGGCCUAACUAUGUUGCUCCUCCUUCGUGAUCGAUGAUGAGCCCAUUUCUCAUUUCCUAAAGAAUCGAAGAUGACUGUAAAGUCCAAUCCUCGCUUUACAAGGCCGGCCGCAUGGGUGGGUUAGGUCAGUUGCAGAUAGGCCUGCUUCUUCUCUCAGCGUUUUGUUGGCCUAACUAUAAUUCUUGCUUGAAUAGCAUUAAAAAAUAAAAAUAAAAUUAACAAUAGAAAGCGCACUGAUUUGAGAUAUAGGCCCACAUACACUUGGGCCAACUACGAAUAGUUUACUAGUACUUUUAUAUUAUAUGCACAAACUGUGUAUACUGGAGCAACCAGACAUCCUGUCGUGGCCGCCCUCCAGCUGUCAAAUGCCUAACGCCCUAAAGUGUAAAAAAAAAUAAAUAAAUAAAAUCCUGUUUUCAUUUUGUUAUUGUAUUUGUUUCUUGCAUAAAUCUUUGCUUUAUUUUAACUUUAUUGAGGCAAAGCGGGUAACUCAACAAAUGGCUACAUAAGAGCAUCACAAGCAUAUCAGGUUUGGUCUUCAGAUCUUGCCUACUUGAUUACGUGUCGCCAUGUACCUGACCAUUCCUAUAAGUUAUACUAUCGUCGCAUAUAUCGCCUUCUAUACUGUAACGGGCUCACGAUCUGAGUUGCUCUCUAUUCUCUCCGGAAGACUUCCCUGUUGAUAUACUCAUAAAUACAAGUAGAAAUAGAUGCACGACAAGGCCAAUGUACAAAACACACACAGGCUUUAUUCAACCAUAUUAGAUAACGAACAAUAUCACACACUUCCUAAUCUGCUAAGGGGAUUAACUCUCACACAACAUUACAUCACAUAAUGUCUUGCAUAGCAUGGACAACCCUUCCACUGUUUUUCAUGCACCUUCUUGUCCAAACAACCCCUCAGAUGACCUUAACCAGGGCCGGUCCUACAGGUUGC